GCCGUCUCUGCGCUCCAGCUCCACCCCAAAUUGAUGCCUCUGCGUCCGCCAAACUUUACCAAACCCAACAACAACGACCAAUCCAAUCCACAUCUCCACCCCCACCGGCCACCACCACCGCCACCUUCGCGCACGCGGCCACCUCCCCGAUGCGCGCCGCCGAGCCCGCCGCGCUGCCCCAGCCGCAGUCCGAUCCGAGGCAGCCAUGAUCCCGUUGCGCCCGCACGCGGCGACGACCGUCACCGCCAACUGCACGGACAGCCCGCUCGACUGCCUCCGGCUCUGCCCCGGCGGCGUCGAGGACUGCUCCGAGUACGCGCUGCCCCCGCCGCCCCCGAUCCCGGCGAUCCCGCGCGCGCCGGACGCCGGCCGCCACGCUCCCGUGCGCCUCCUCCUCGUCGUCUCCCUGCUCUCCGCCUUCCUCUUCAUCUCGCUCGCGCUCUCCACGCUCCUCCUCUACCGCCGCCGCCGCCUCAUCCUGCGCCGGCGCCGGCGCCUCGCCGCGGCCGCCGCCGAAGGGGCCGACGACGGCGGCGGGUCCGGCGACGAGGAGGAGGGCGGGGGAGGGGGAGGGGGAGGGGGAGGGGGAGGGGUGGUGCACCACGUGUGGUACAUCCGCACGGUGGGGCUCGACGAGGCCACCAUCGCGUCCAUAACAGCCGUGGAGUACCGCCGCAGGGUGGGCCGGGCCGGGGACUGCGCGGUGUGCCUCGGCGAGUUCAGCGACGGGGAGCUAGUCCGCCUCCUCCCGCGCUGCGCGCACCCGUUCCACGCACCCUGCAUCGACACCUGGCUCCGCGCCCACGUCAACUGCCCGAUCUGCCGCUCCCCCGUCGUCGUCGUUCCUUCCGAUUUACCCGCCACGGCCGCGGAGGCUGCGGCGGAUGGUGUCCAAGCGGAAGAGCACCAAGUGCAUGACGAAAUGUCGCUGUCGCAAUCUGAACCGGAGACUUUGGGCUCGGAGGUCUCUGAGGCCUCUUCAGACACUCAAAGUGAGGACACAUCUGCUUCAGGGGAGGAGAAUGUAAGGGCGGCCGCCAAACCAAUUCGGCGCUCGGCGUCCAUGGACUCACCAUUGUUCCUUGUAGCUGUUCCUGAAGUUCAGGAUGGUGUCGUGCCGUCUAAUUGCAAGUUACCAAUUGCCCGAGAGAUGAAGAUCUUCAGGGUGAAAGAGAAGGAGGCAGCAGGCACUUCUUCGUCUUCUUGUCAGUCAGGUCGGUUUAAGAUUGGCAGGUCCAUGUCAAGCAGUGGCCAGGGGUUCUUCUUCGCACGGAAUGGCCGCUCCAGUGGCACUGUGCUGCCACUGUGAGUCGGCAAGUUUUUUAUCGUCAAGGGGAUGCAGCCUCAGCAAAGCCGGGAGCUGGUAGUGUGUCAGUGUCUGUUGAUAGAAAGUGUAUACGAGAGUGCUGAAGUCGCUCUCGGAGAAAAUCUCCUUUGAGAUGCGAACUGAAGAGUUGUUGGUGAUAAGGAUUUUAAGAGUGAUGUGGUCGUGUUAGCUUCAAAGUCCCAAGUUUCCUGUAUGAUAACUUCAAGCUUGGGCCUUGGGUUAAGUGAAUUUGGGGAAGCUGAUGUUUUUAUGUAGCAAUCACGUAAAAAGGAAUGGACUAUCACCUAUAUCAACUUCUAUUUAUCUCAAAAAGGAAUGGAACAAAAAUACUAAAGUAAGAAUCUUAGCCUUGGAGACCAGUACUUCCUGGUGGCGGUGUAUGAUAUUGUUAGAUCUCUUCUUUGUAUGGAUAGCAUUGAGCAUGUAUUGAUUUCAAACUCAAUUAGUAAUUUUGCAUGUGAUUGUCUUAUUUAUCAUGGGGAUGUUUAGAUCCAGUUAGCAUAACUAGUGAUGAAAUAUUUGUUGUGCUGACAUAUUGCAGAUUUUGCAUGUGAGGUUUUCCUGUUGGCAGGAUAAGAAAUGGACUGCAGAUACAAUACUAUGGUGUUCUGCUGCUGAUCAAGGUGUAAAGAUUCACCAAAUCAAGGAUGUUCAUGGCAAGGAGCACGAUCGAAAAUACAUCUUCAGGAAACUUACGAGCUGCAUGGUGAGGAAAACAACUCACAAAUUCAUUCUUAAAAUAAUUGAGCUUAGUAAGGUAUUCUUUCUUUCUUUUUUCUGGGAAUCAGUAGGAAAGCAUGUUUCUCAGACUUCCAAGUAUGAAAAGGUAUGGGAUCGCUACAUUAAAGAUUCUGUUCUACGCCUUUUCUCUUUAAUCUAUAUUACACUAGAGAGCUAUUUAUAUCUAAAAAUAUGCUCACCUCUCAAGGAAUUAACUUAAGAGCCUGCAAAGUAUAUACUAAAAUCACAGCAUAAAGCUCACUUUACGCACCAUAACGUUUGUAAAUGCAAGUUGAGGAAACAUGUCGAAUUCAAUCAAAAUAUGAAACACUGACUGUAGCUGUCACCUCAUUUACCGAUUGAUGAAAGUAUUUGUGCUUAAUAAUUUUGUAAGUUUGCUGCUGUGGGUACGUUAUUCCUUUGCAUAAACCUUGGAAAAGAUCUCAAUAUGUAUAAUAUUUGAUUAUAGCUUCUCCAACGCUUGGAUUUCGCCCAUGUACAUCUAAAGAGGAUUGAGAACUAGUGCUUGUCUCUUGGUCUUUGUGUCUCUGAAUUUUGUAAACGCUUAAGUCGUUCUGGCAGGCUUAGAACUGCAUAGUUUGUACUCAUUGGCUGCAAGCUAUCAGUCUGUGCUAGCUGAGGCCAGAUAUUUUCAGAAUCUAAAAAAUUGUAAAUUUCUUUCUUGACAAACGCGCAAAGUAUGUCAUUUUUUGUUCUGGAGCUAGAGUGUAGAGGAAGUUGCAUUGCAUGAAUAGAUAUUACACCAACCAACAAUGUAUCUAUUUUCACUGGUCUAGUCCUAUGAUGCUGCUGUAUCUUUGGUUCCUUUUGGCAACCACUGAAAUUCCCUUAUGCUUAGACUUUCUGCCCCCAUUUCAUCUCUUACUCCAUUAUUGUCUUCCUUUUUCCAUUCCCCAGUUUUUUUCUUCAAGUGGAGUUAUUUAUGCAUCUGUUAAGCAGUCCAUUUUUUUGUCUAUUUGCUUUUUGAUAGGGGUAACCGCUGCUGAUCUCCAGUUGUCCACAGGCUAGUUUGGUUGAUGAGAACCAAGACAACAAUACUGUACUUGUAUAGUGUAGCAUCCGUGCAUUUUUUUGAUAGUGUAGCAUCCGUGCAUUUUGGAAUGACAUGUUUGAUGCUUUCUGCCCUUCUCACUCUUUGAGAGUUUUGGUUCGAUGUGAACUAAUUGCAUUAGCCUACUGACUUUAGCUUUCCAUCAUACAUCAUGCAAGUAUUUUUCGGAUCACAACUUGACUAUAAUUUUCCUGUACCAUGCUUUUGCUUUUGUCAUGGUUCAAGCGCUCAACUUACAACAUGAACUUUUUCUAUUGCUAUCCGUAUGGAAUCCUGAACAAGAUGUUAAGUCAUUGAUAGGCCCUCAACAUGUGUAGGUCCUUUAACUGUAGGUCUUGUAUGUAUGUGAUCUAUGCUCUAUGCCAUGUGUGCUGUUGAGAUUGGUUUUCAUAUUGACUACUAUAUUAAGCUGUGGUUAGCCCACUUAACUAAGAUCAAUGUUGUCUUGGUACAACCUAUUUUUGCUGAUUUCAAGCCAUUCUGCUCUACCUUUUUUUUCUUUGUCAUAUGCUGCAUAGAGUAGCUGCCUUCUAUAGAAUCAAUAUAUGCACCUAAGCAUAUUGUGCAUCAAUGUCAUGGUCUAGUCCUGUGAUCUUAUCAAUAUAUAUGCACCUAUUGUUCGUGGUACAUUGAUCUGGCAUAUUCAUGAUACUCACAUGCCUGCACAUACAUGUAUUUCACGCUUGAUGUUCGAGAUAUACAUCUAUCUUUACCAGGCAGCUGACGUUUUGGUUAAUUGGUUGAUGCAUCAUGCAUGGGACUCAGCUCUAACUUGUGCUGUUAUUUUUACACAGGUGGCGCCCUUCUUUUACCGGAUUACAUUCCUUCCGACCAGGACAUUUGAAGAGCAAAGGCGACAUGCUGCAUGGGAGCAAGAUGCACAUGUAGUUUGUCCUGUUAUUCGAAUCAAUCAGAUGCAUGCCUCACAGGGAUGAAAUGCUCGUGCAGUUCUUUCACUUUUUGAUCAAUCAUGCUUAUACAGAAAUGGUAAAAGGUCGAUCAGGUAAGGGUUCCCUGUUUUAGAACCGUUUCUUGGGUCAAUGAGAGGACGCACACAAGUUAUUUGCUCUUUUUCUUUCUUUCUUGUUUCCCUUUUUCAGUCUUGAUAUCCAUACACUAAACCAUACUCCAUACUUGUUCUUGCGAUGAAAGUGAUCUGAUUUACGGUA